UUUGUUUAAAUAUAUGGACCUUACCUAAAAAAAUAAAUAUGAACUAGCUAUAUUUCCCUACUAAACAUUAUUGAUUUAUUAUAAGGUGCAUCUUAUUUGUGAUUGGUUGAUUUAAAUCAAUAAUAGUCUGUGCUGAAUUCUAACCAAUAGGAUUUAUGCUAUAAUUCCCAUCUAUAUAUAUAAUAAUAAUAAUACAAUUGCCUAAAUUAUACGCUGACAUAUUUAUUGUCGUUUCAUCAUAUUUAUUCGUACUUUGUUAACAAUAAUAAAACUACCGCUUUUUAUUUUCGUGAUAUCUAUAUUAUUCAAAAGGAAAUUUAUAUAUAAUUAAUUGAAUAUAUACAAAUAAUAUACAGUGAUUAAAUAAUGGAUCCAUCAGAUCCAGAUUUCAAAUAUUUGGGUGUAGAUCGAAAAGCUUUAUUAAAAGAAUUGGCUAAUUUUGAUAGCAAAAAUGUGAUAUGGGUUGAAGAUGAAAAAGAAGGUUACAUAUUAGCUGAUAUUAAAGAUACAACUGGUGAUACAAUUACAGUAGCACUUAAAGAUGGAAGCGAAAAGAAAGUUAAAAAAGAUGAUGCACAACAAGUUAAUCCACCGAAAUUCUUUUUAAUUGAAGAUAUGGCUAAUUUGACACAUUUAAAUGAUGCUUCUGUUUUGGAGAAUUUACGUGCACGUUAUUAUAGACAAUUGAUUUAUACUUAUUCAGGAUUAUUUUGUGUAGCCGUUAAUCCUUAUAAACGUUUUCCAAUUUAUACGGAACAAGUUGCAUUAAAAUAUAAAGGAAAAAGACGUGGUGAAAUGCCACCACAUAUUUUUUCAAUUUCUGAUAAUGCUUAUCAUAAUAUGUUACAAGAUCGUGAAAAUCAAUCCAUUCUGAUUACAGGUGAAAGUGGUGCUGGAAAAACAGAAAAUACAAAGAAAGUUAUUUCAUAUUUUGCUGUAGUUGCAGCAGCUUCAAAGAAAGAAGAUGAUGAUGCUAGUAAAAAGGGAACACUUGAAGAUCAAAUUGUUCAAGCUAAUCCAGUUCUAGAAGCAUAUGGUAAUGCAAAAACGACAAGAAAUAAUAAUUCAUCUAGAUUUGGAAAAUUCAUUCGUAUUCACUUUGGUACAACUGGUAAAAUCGCUGGAGCUGAUAUUGAACAUUAUUUGCUUGAGAAAUCUCGUGUAGUUUCACAAAUGAAAGGAGAACGUAAUUAUCAUAUUUUCUACCAAUUAUUAUCAACAUAUGGUUCAAAAUAUCAUGACAAAUUAUUAGUUCAAACUGAUCCUGCUUUAUACAGUUUCAUUAAUCAAGGAGAGUUAACUAUUGAUGGUGUAGAUGAUAGUGAAGAAAUGAAAUUGUGCGAUGAAGCUUUUGACGUUCUUGGAUUUAAUGAUGAUGAAAAAUUAUCAUUAUUCAAAUGUACUACAUCAAUUUGUAAUAUGGGUGAAAUGAAAUUUAAACAAAGACCAAGAGAAGAACAAGCUGAAGCUGAUGGAACAGCUGAAGCGGAAAAAGUUGCAUUUCUUUUAGGUGUUAAUGCAAAAGAUCUAUUAACUUCAUUUUUAAAACCAAAAGUUAAAGUUGGUACAGAAUUUGUAACUAAAGGUCAAAAUUUAAAUCAAGUUACAUAUGCAGUCAGCGCAUUAGCUAAAUCUCUGUAUAAUCGUAUGUUUGGUUGGUUAGUCGCUCGUGUCAAUAAAACUUUGGAUACAAAAGUUAAACGUCAAUUUUUCAUUGGUGUACUGGAUAUUGCAGGUUUUGAGAUUUUCACUGAAAAUGGUUUUGAACAAAUCUGUAUUAAUUACACGAAUGAACGUCUACAACAAUUCUUCAACCAUCAUAUGUUUGUCUUAGAACAAGAAGAAUAUAAACGUGAAAAGAUUCAAUGGACAUUUAUUGAUUUCGGUAUGGAUUUGCAAGCUUGUAUAGAUUUAAUUGAAAAGCCUAUGGGUAUCUUGUCCAUUCUAGAAGAAGAAUGCAUCGUUCCCAAAGCUUCGGAUCAAACAUUCUUGUCGAAAUUAUAUGAUAAUCAUUUAGGUAAAAGCCCUAAUUUCACCAAACCGAAGCCUCCGAAGCCAGGACAUGUAGAAGCUCACUUCGAAUUGCACCAUUAUGCUGGAUCUGUUCCAUACACAAUAACUGGAUGGUUAGAAAAGAAUAAAGAUCCACUUAAUGACAGUGUAGUUGCAUUAUUAGGUGGUAGUAAAGAUCCUUUAGUAUCCAAUCUAUUUACUCCAGUUGUCGGUGAACCUGGUAAAAAGACGAAAGGUGGCUCUUUCUUGACAGUGACCUACAUGCACAGGGAAUCACUGAAUAAACUAAUGAAAAAUUUACAAAGUACCAGUCCUUCAUUUAUUCGUUGUAUUGUACCGAAUGAAUUUAAACAACCUGGUGUCAUUGAUGCUCAUUUGGUUUUGCAUCAGUUACAUUGUAAUGGUGUACUUGAAGGAAUUCGUAUUUGUCGUAAAGGUUUUCCAAAUCGCAUGAUUUAUUCUGAAUUCAAACAACGUUACUCAAUUUUGGCGCCAAAUGUUAUACCAGAUGGAUUUGUUGAUGGUCGUCAAGUUACAGAAAAAUUAUUAGAAGCAACACAAUUAGAUAAAAAUUUAUAUCAAUGCGGUAAUACUAAAGUAUUUUUCAAAGCUGGUACAUUAGCUCAUUUAGAAGAUUUACGUGAUGAUAAAUUAAAUGGUAUAAUUAGUUUAUUCCAAGCAGAAAUUCGUGGUUAUUUAAUGAGAAAACAAUAUAAAAAAUUACAAGAUCAACGUGUUGCUUUAACAUUAAUGCAACGUAAUAUACGUAAAUAUUUAGUAUUACGUAAUUGGCCAUGGUGGAGAUUAUAUACUAAAGUUAAACCAAUGUUAAAUAUAGCACGUCAAGAAGAAGAAAUGAAAAAAGCAGCAGAAGAAUUAGCUAAAUUAAAAGAAGAAUUUGAAAAAUUAGAAAAAUUAAAAAAAGAAUUAGAAGAACAAAAUGUUACUGUAUUACAACAAAAAAAUGAUUUAUUUUUACAAUUACAAACAGAACAAGAUAGUUUAGCUGAUGCUGAAGAAAAAAUUUCUAAAUUAGUAUUACAACGUGGUGAUAUGGAACAACGUAUUAAAGAAUUAGAAGAACGUUUAGCUGAUGAAGAAGAUCAAGCAUCUAAUUUAAAUGAAGUUAAAAAGAAAAUGUCUAGUGAAAUUGAAGAAUUAAAAAAAGAUGUAGAAGAUUUAGAAUCAUCAUUACAAAAAGCUGAACAAGAAAAACAAACAAAAGAUAAUCAAAUACGUACAUUACAAGCUGAAAUGGCACAACAAGAUGAAACUAUAGGAAAAUUAAAUAAAGAUAAAAAAAAUUUAGAAGAACAAAAUAAACGUACACAAGAAGCAUUACAAGCUGAAGAAGAUAAAGUGAAUCAUUUAAAUAAAUUAAAAGCAAAAUUAGAAUCAACAUUAGAUGAAAUGGAAGAAAAUCUAGCUCGUGAACAAAAGAUUCGUGGUGAUGUAGAAAAAUCCAAACGUAAAUUAGAAGGUGAUUUAAAAGCUACACAAGAAACUGUUGAUGAUUUGGAACGUGUUAAACGUGAUUUAGAAGAGCAAUUAAGACGUAAAGAAGCUGAAAUUGGUGGUUUAAGUGGGAAAUUUGAAGAUGAACAAGGUUUAGUAGCACAAUUACAAAGAAAAAUUAAAGAACUUCAAACACGUAUACAAGAAUUAGAAGAAGAUUUAGAAGCAGAACGUGCAGCUCGUUCAAAAGCUGAGAAAAGUCGACAACAGCUUGAAAGUGAAUUAGAAGAGGUUGUAGAUCGUUUAGAAGAACAAGAUGGUGCUACAGCAGCACAAAGUGAUUUAACUAAAAAACGUGAAGCAGAAUUAAUGAAAUUAAAACGUGAUUUAGAAGAUACACGUUUACAAAAUGAACAAGCAAUAGCUACAAUGCGUAAAAAACAAAGUGAUGCUGUCAAUGAAUUAGCUGAUCAAUUAGAUCAAGCCAAUAAAGCUAAAGCAAAGGCUGAAAAAGAACGAAGUCAAUUCAAAGCCGAAUUAGAUGAUGCACAUAAUCAGGUGGAUAGUAUUAUGAAAGCUAAAUUGAAUUCUGAGAAAACAGUGAAGGCUCUAGAAUCUCAGUUACAAGAAGUUUCAGUGAAAUUAGAUGAAGCUACAAGAAAUUUGAAUGAGCAAGCUUCGACUAAAGCACGUAGCAGUCAAGAAGUUUCUGAAUUACAACGACAAUUAGAAGAAGCUGAGUCACAAUUAAGCCAAUUGAACAAAAUUAAACAACAGCUAAGUGCACAACUUGAAGAAGCACGUCAUAGUUUGGAAGAUGAAAGUCGAAUGAAAGCUAAACUAAACGGUGAAGUACGUAAUUUAACUAGUGACUUAGAUUCAUUACGUGAAACAUUAGAAGAAGAACAAUCAGCUAAAGGUGAUUUACAACGUCAAUUACAAAAAUUACAAGGUGAAUUACAACAAUUACGUUCACGUGGUGGCGGUGGUGGAGAUGUACGUUCUGAAGAAAUGGAAGAAUUAAAACGUAAAAUGAAUGCUAAAAUACAAGAAUUAGAAUCAGAAGCUGAAUCAGCAAAAUCAAAAUGUGGACAAUUAGAAAAAACCAAAGCACGUUUACAAGGUGAAUUAGAAGAUUUAAUGGUUGAUGUUGAACGUGCUAAUGGUUUAGCUAGUCAAUUAGAACGUAAACAAAAUAAUUUCAAUCGUACAUUAGCUGAAUGGCAAAAGAAAUAUGCUGAUUCUCAAGCUGAAUUAGAAAAUGCUCAACGUGAUGCACGGGGUCAAUCAACCGAAAUCUUCCGACUAAAAGCUCAAUUAGAAGAAGUACAUGAGCAAAUGGAAGGACUUCGUAGAGAAAAUAAGAAUUUGAGUGAUGAAAUUCAUGAUUUAACUGAACAGUUGGGUGAAGGUGGACGUUCAGUACAUGAAAUCGAUAAAAAUAGACGACGACUUGAAAUGGAAAAGGAGGAACUACAAGCUGCAUUAGAAGAAGCUGAAAGUGCAUUGGAACAAGAAGAAGCUAAAGUUCAACGUGCUCAACUUGAAAUGAGUCAAAUUCGUCAAGAAAUUGAUCGACGCUUAGCGGAAAAAGAAGAAGAAUUUGAAGCUACACGUAAAAAUCAUCAACGAGCUAUGGAAUCACAACAAGCUAGUUUAGAAGCUGAAGCAAAGGGUAAAGCAGAAGCUAUGCGUGUAAAAAAGAAACUUGAACAAGAUAUUAAUGAAUUAGAAGUUAGUUUAGAUGGUGCAAAUCGUGCUAGAGCUGAACAAGAGAAAAAUGUGAAAAAGUUCCAACAACAAGUACGUGAAUUACAAUCACAAUUAGAAGAUGAUCAACGUCAACGUGAUGAUUUACGUGAACAAUUUCAAGCUGCUGAACGUCGGGCAACUGUAUUAGCUGGUGAAUUAGAUGAAUUACGUAUAGCAUUAGAUCAAGCUGAACGUAGUCGUAAAAUAGCUGAAGCUGAACGUGCUGAAGCAUCAGAUCGAGCAACAGAAAUGUCUACACAAACUGCAUCAUUAGCUGCACAAAAACGUAAACUUGAAGCUGAUUUAGCUGCUAUGCAAGCCGAUUUAGAAGAAGCUGCCAAUGAAGCGAAACAAGCUGAUGAACGAGCUAAAAAAGCUAUGGCUGAUAGCGCACGUGUAUUUGAAGAAAUUCGUCAAGAACAAGAACAUACACAACAUGUUGAAAAAGCUAGAAAACAACUUGAAAUACAAGUAAAAGAACUUAUGGCUCGUUUAGAAGAUAGUGAAUCAGGUGCUAUGAAAAAUGGUCGUAAAGCAAUGGGUAAAUUAGAACAACGUGUACGUGAAUUAGAAACAGAAUUAGAAGCAGAACAACGUAGACAUGGUGAAACUCAAAAGAAUUUAAGAAAAGUUGAUCGACGAAUGAAAGAAAUUAGUUUACAAGCUGAAGAAGAUAAAAAGAGUCAUGAUCGUAUGCAAGAAUUAGUUGAGAAACUUCAAGGUAAAAUUAAAACAUACAAACGACAAGUUGAAGAAGCUGAAGAGAUUGCUGCUAUCAAUUUAGCUAAAUAUCGUAAAAUACAACAUGAAAUUGAAGAUGCUGAAGAACGUGCUGAUCAAGCAGAACAAGCAUUACAAAAACUUCGAGCUAAAAAUAGAUCAUCAGUAUCAACAGCACGUGGUGUAAGCGCUGCACCAGCUGGUGGACCUGGACAUGCAAAUCGUGCUCGUAAACCAACAGCCAGUUUAGCACCAGAAGAAGAGUAAAUCACAUAAAUUAACAAUUGAAUUGUUAUUGACCAGUAAUGAACUGUAUUCUAAGAAGAAUAACAUCAUUGCAAAUGCUUUCUAUCAUACUGUUCAUUAUUAUUUUACAUUUUUGCAAUACCCUCUAAAACCCCAGUUCGUUUACUUUUUUUUUCAGCUUCAUAUUUAGUUUUAGAUCAAUUGUAUUCAGUACAUACUUAUUUUUUGUGCAUUUCACUCUUUCUAUAUAUCUGUAUGAGUAUAUGUGUAUGUAUGUAUGUGUGUGGGCUUCUAGGGAACAACAACUAAAGAAUACUAACAUAACAUUAAUAGUAAUAAUAAUAAUGUGUGUUAAAACUGUUUGAAAGGUGAAUCAAUUACAUAUAUAGAUUAUAGUAAUAGAUACACAUACACAAUCAUGUAUACCUACCUUUCCCUUGGCUAUACACCUGUUGUCUUACCUACCUACCUACCUAUCUACCUACCUACCUUCCUACACCUAAGUUCACCUAUACACCUACUUUGUAUCACCUUCAACAUUUGAGAUCAUUGUUGAAGGUUGUUUUAAACAUUAUUCAGCGGUAGUGUGUUUUUUUUUUAUUAAAAAAAAAAACAUCAGUUUCAGAUGAGCUCCUUUACCCUUUGCAAUAAAAAAAAACACACAACAUCAUUCAAUUGUGUUUAGGCUCAUCGAAAAUUCACUUUUGGUUGGGUUUUUCGUUGGUUUCGUACAAACAUACAUAUACACACCAAUUUUUGUUUGUAGUUUUGUGUUAUUAAUUGUUUGCUCAUAUAUAUAUAUAUAUAUAAAUAAAUAAAUAAGUAGAUAGAUAUAUAUAUAUAUGUAAACAACAGACAUCAAGUCGUUAUUGGCUCCUAUCAUUUUGGCCUAUUCUAUGGAAAUAAACAACUAUAAGGCACAGAAUCUACCAAGUUCCAUACAAACACACACACACAUAAACAAACAUAUAUAUAUAUGAACACUUAUCUAUAAACGCUUACAUUCAUACAGAACAUGAUACUGAGUCUUAUUAAAGAGGGAAGAAAAGAAAACCCAGUAAUCAUAUAUACCAUCUCUUUAUUUGUCUAUCUAAACCUUCUUAUCAAUAAUUAUGCACCAUAUGGGUUAAGUAUCGAAUUGAAAAAUUUUAAAAAAAAAAAAUUGUCUAUGAUCUAUAUUUGUCAACUUGUCUUAAUACAUUUAUUACAAUAAUUAGUGACAUACAUAUACAGGUACCGUUUACUUUUACUUUUUCCUUGUUUUGUUUUCUAUUUCAAAUCUCUUUGCAUUUUUUUUUCUCUUCAAAUCUCUGUACUUUUCUUUACAUGAUGAAUAAUCUAAAAAUGAUUGUAUUGUAAGUGGAAGGACUAUCUUGGUCUCUAUUUCUAACACACACACACACACACACACACUCUAUGUCUCUAUGUAUUCAUUAAAAGUAAUAUUGUUUAUUCACUGCAAUGUCUCUUAUCUUACCUAUUAUUAUUAUUAUUAUUAUCAUUAUUAUUAUUAAUAAUACUACUAUUAUUACUAUUAAUAAUAAUAAUAAUUUAUUAUUAUUAUUACCUAGUUUACAAGUUUACUUUACAUUGGAAUACAAAAAGUAAUUUCAUCUCCCUUGAGAAUGCUACUAAUUGAAAUGAGUAAUAAAUUCACUUACUCUUUAUGUUUAUUGAAUA